AUGGACAGCACAAUGUCGGGCAACAUGAGCAUGACCGUAAGCCGAAAACGCAAGGCGCCAGAUGAUGACCUCAGGCUUGAGGCAGCACUCAGCUCUGGCUUGAGAGUUUUACGGCUCGAGGAUGAUCAAGAUCAGGUGAAAGAAGGCGGGCUGCUGACCCUAGAGGGAGAAGACUUUCCGGAGGCUGCGAAGCCCAUACUCAAGCCGGUCAAGUUGCCGUCUGAUGGGCCGAUCAGUCUUCGUCAGUAUGCUGAGAUCUUGGCCAAGACAGAAGCACUGGGAGAGGUCAAGGAGGAGGACGAGGAAGUACAUGAAGACGAUCAAGUCAGGAUGGAGGGAGUUGUGAUGCAUUAG